CAAUACUCCAGCUCUCCAACAGCAGGUAAGCGCAGUGACGUUUCUUCCGGUCAAAGAGGAAAGCCACGUCACAUCUAGGAGCGCCAUAGAAGUUGUUUGAUUGAUGGAGUUGGGUCCUCCAGGCCUGCGUGGCGGUAGUGAGCUACGGGUACCUUUAACCGGGAAGGGGGUUGCGCUCCGUAGGAGUGGCUCCUAUGGUUCGACAUCGCCUCACCCGGCGUAAACGAAGGCGGCCAAGCUAGAUGGUACUUGAACACGGCAGCUAACAUUGGAGAUUUGCAUUUCCAAAGGAAGAGAUAUUUAGUUAUCUCGUCUUUGAGCCAGACCCUACCGCCAUGGCUCUUUACGAAUAUGUCACUCAGGAGCAGCUUGCGGGCUUCGACAAAUAUAAGUACAGCGCAGUGGACUCGAAUCCCCUGUCCAUCUACGUCAUGCAUCCUUUCUGGAACCUUGUUGUGAAGUUUCUACCCACAUGGUUGGCACCAAACCUCAUUACAUUUACAGGCUUUAUGUUCCUUGUGUUGAACUUCCUCAUGUUGGCCUUCUACGACUUUGACUUCAAUGCAUCUUCUGCAGGAUACCAACACGUGCCUAGUUGGGUCUGGGUUGCAGCGGGGAUCUUCAACUUCUUAGCCUAUACACUUGAUGGUGUUGAUGGCAAACAGGCACGUCGCACCAACUCUUCCACACCGCUAGGGGAGCUUUUUGACCACGGUCUGGACAGCUGGGCCUGUGUCUUCUUUGUGGCCACUGUAUACUCUAUAUUUGGGCGUGCGGAGAGUGGUGUCGGUGUGGUCACACUUUUUUACAUACUGUGGGUGGUGCUGUUCUCCUUCAUACUGUCCCACUGGGAGAAAUAUAACACUGGCAUCUUGUUUCUGCCUUGGGGAUAUGAUAUCAGCCAAGUGACAAUCUCCCUUGUUUACUUGGUUACUGCUGCUGUGGGUGUGGAAACCUGGUACCAGCCAGUUAUUUUUCACCUUCUCUACAGAGACCUCUUCACCUUUAUGAUCAUUGCUUGUUCCUUCACUGUGACCUUACCUAUGAGCCUCUACAACGUCCUCAAGGGUUACAGGAAUAACACACUGAAGCACAGCAGCCUGUAUGAAGGUUUACUGCCUUUCCUCUCGCCGUUUCUUCUGUUUGUGCUGUCCACCAUUUGGGUGAUCUACUCUCCAUCCAACAUCCUGGAGCUGCAGCCCAGGAUCUUCUACCUCAUGGUGGGGACAGCUUUUGCCAACGUCACGUGUAAGCUGAUUGUGUGUCAAAUGAGUAACACACGCUGCCAGCCACUGAGCAUACUGUUACUGCCCAUGACAGCAGUGGUGGUGUUAGCCAUCACCAGGGUCUUCACCAACGAGACGCUUCUGCUUUAUUUGUGGACAGCUGCUGUCGUAUUAGCGCACAUACACUACGGCGUGUCUGUGGUAAAACAGCUCAGUAACCACUUCAACAUCUUUGCCUUCUCCCUCAAGAAGCCCAACAGCGACUGACAGGAGGAGGAACGAAUCGGCUUGAAAGGAGCAGAGGUUUAAGCUUCUCUUCUCCUCUGCUUACCGACACUUCACUUUCAUCACCGCGGAAACUGCAUCCCCUCCAUCCAUGACAACACUGCAAUUGGAAAGGACUAGGGUUUUCUUUUUCCAGUGUCUUCAAAAACACACAGUCACUCUGAGCACGCACGCUCACACUUCCCCUAACCUAUCCACCAACCAAACUCUGGUGUCAGCGGUGUGGUGGGCCCAGGGGCUCUGGCUUCCGUCACUGAUGAUUGGCCAACUUGGUUGAGCCAAUGAGGUGCAAUUGUUUCCUACGGAAAUGUGCUUCAGUCGCGAGGACAGGAGCCAAGACGAGCCAUGCAAAGAUAAACACUCGCAUCGUUUGUUCUGCUAUCUUUCGUGAGGGCCCUCAUUGUCCCAGCGCUGUGCCCAGACCGCCCCCCUCUUAUAUUGUCCAUAACAAGUCAAUGCCUAACCCUUAACCGCACACGUUUCUACUCCAGGCCUCCACCUCACACAGCCUGUCUUCUAAGUUCCGACUCAAAGUGAGGAAAGGCAGAAAUUCCCCUCACUCCCGAGGUCUUCACAAAGAUAGAUGUACAAGCUAAUUGACACAGGAAGAUGCAUUAUUCUGUUUUAAUGCAGAUGAAUAAAUACUUUGUGGCAGAUAUUUGAUUAUAGACACAGCCACAAACACACACACGUGUACUCUUAAAAGUAUUAUGAAUGUAUCGUAUGCCUUGGGGAAAUGCCAUUUCAGUUUUAUUAUAUUAACAGGAAUGCCUCAAGUAGUGUUGUUCUUGAACGUGACCAAACCAUCAAACUCUGGCCACAUGUGGCUCCACAGCUGGGUCCAGUGUUUAAGGUUCUGUCACUUUUUUUUUUUUAAAAUGAGAUGACUUAUAUAUAUAUAAAUGGUAUGUGUCAGGGGGAUUUGGGGCAUCCUUUUUUUCUAACUUAAAUGAAACUGUAAAACAUUGUACAAAUUUCCCUCUGAAGUUCACUGUCUGCGCUGUCGUCUUAGAACAGAGUUGACUAUAGAGCAAACCCAGGUGACUUUUACUAACUUUCCACUUUGACCUCUGAGCACUGGCUUCCCAACUCUACCUACUAUCUGAGGUGUCGUGUCUUCAUGCUGAUUCGUUCUUUUCUUCUUUUUUUUUAAACACUUUUUUUAAAACUGUGUUUUGGUUGUAGUUUUUAACAUUUUUUAACAUACAUCACGUCUUUUGGGGGGGGUUUGAUUCAACUGUUGCUAUGGCAAUGGUGUGUGGUAAAGUUGCGCAGCACUUGAAUGAAGAGUGGGUCCAAAAACCGCUAACGGAGCGGGCUCACUCUGAGGGAACAAGUCGUCGCACGGGACACCGCGAACUCCACAGCACCGCCUGGCUCCGUGGUCCCUCGCACUGAUACUGUCAGCGCCUCUAUUUUUGUUUUUUCUCAGCAGUGUGUCUGAUAACUUCUCGUUGCUUUUUCCGGUCCUGUAAAACACUGUUCCUCUCUUGUGAUUGUAACUAUGUAUCCAGUGUGAUAGCCAUUCAGUCAUGGCCUCGGUACUUGGAUUUUCAUCAAACUGGUUUUUAAAGCAUGCCGAGAGAAGAGGGGCAGGCUUGUUGUAGUUCAGCUCAGGUUGUUAGUUUCACCAGUUUGAGCUUCACCGUUUUUGAAAACCAGCCAAACCAGAAGAAAACCAGUAUGAGAUGUAAAGUUCUUGUUUACGGUACUUGGGGUACCUCAGUCUUUAUUGAAAGGUGGGACAGGAAGAACCAGUGAGCUGAAAAUAAAAGGACAAAACUCAACACUGAAUAAGAAUUAUAGGAAAACCUUGGACUGGGCUGAGGAACAGUCAGGCCGGUCAGGAGUUAAUGUUUGUUUGUUAUCUGACUGAAUACGAUUUACAGUCAUAGUAAGCAUCAUCUCUUUAUACAGUCUGCUUUAUUUUAAGGAUACAUAGGUAACAUGCACUGGGGAUAUAUAAACAACGCUGGUAUCAUCUCUGCAGUUUUACCACUUGUGCAGAAGUUUUGUACGUAAACUGUUACUGAGCAUCACUGAACACUGAGACCACAACACAACCUAGUUACUGUCCCUGUAUGGCUGGGAGGAACAUGGACAGCUAAGUAGGUGAUUGUGAUUCGCAGUACCUGUUUUCAGUCAUUAUCGCAUUAUAACAGUUGACACUGAUAGGACAGUUUUUGUUUUAAUAAAUGAUGUUUAUGGAGCCCCGCUUCAUGAAGUAGAUUGUAGUAAUAUGGCAACAACUGUGACUGAUUUAAGCCCGGCACAGUGAGCUAACUGUGUCUCUGGUGGGUUUGUGCACUGUCUGGGUAUGUACAGCUCCAUGAGUACAUGUCUGUUUAAGUAUGGGUGUAUACGCUGUAUGUGUGAAUAUCUCUGUAAAUACAUAUUAUUAUUUCUUCUUCCUUUUUUUUUUUUUAUUUUUUUAAACUAAGUGGGAUUGUUGACUGUCUGACAGUUCGUGAUGGGGUGUGAUGCCAGUCAGCAGCACAAAACACAAAAUGGUCUAUGGAACAGUGUUUAAAUGUGUCAAUGUUAAGGUUUUUUGGUUUUGUUUGUUUGUUUUUAACAAUUGUAGGAUUUUUUUUUUAAUGUGUGCUGCUUUACCAGCUGAUGAGAUCACCUCCAGGUCUUUGGGAUCCUGUGGAAAGGAGCAGUAGGAUUUCCUCUCCAGGUUGCAGACACUACAAACUCAAUCCAAACAGGGAAUUCAUAUCAGAGAAAAUGUUAUCUGGGAUUUUUAAAAAUUAUUAUUUAAAGAAGGAAACAAAAAAUUGUCAUGCUGCUUCCUUAGCAAGUCUUAACCACCCACCCUCAGAUGAACCAAGCUGUUGUGUAAUGCUGCUCUGGCAAACGCUCCAGAGCCUCAGUGUGGCUUCUUGUGAUGUUGUACUUAACCAGUAGAAGAAGGACUGUACGGAAACAAAUAAAAAUAGAUUUUCUUUAA